CUGAUAACAACCACUACAGAUGACAUGGCCACAGCUUGUGACCGCCAGUUUGCGGUCGGCACUUUGAGGAAGAAAGCAGGAAUUGCAGCAAACCCAGGAAGCCAUUUCAAAACCUGCAGGAAAACAAGAUUAGACGUUCACGGGCAAAGACAGAAAAACUUGUCGAGUUUGUUUUAAAGCAAAGAAGAUGCUGACCAGAAGUGUGAGCUGUGAAGUGAGGCCAAGUUGAGGUAAUUUUGAUAACGCCUUCACAUCCCAAGGCUCCAAAAGAAAAAAGCCUAAAGUAAGUGCUGAAUCCUGAACGUCUUCAGAGUCAGUACUUACACCGUCCCACCAGAUGGCGAUAGUGAGCGCUGAGCCCAUUCUGAGCUGAUAGAAAAAAAACACAAACAACCACAAGAAAACCACAAAACCAAGAUGGCGGUGCAGGAGACAGCAUCUCAACUGUCCAUGGCUCUCAAAGUCCAAGAAUAUCCCACCCUGAAGGUAAACACAAACGCAUAAUGGUGUAUAUUGAUAGCCCAAUGAGUCUGCUGUUGCAAAAAUACGCGAUGCGUACUGUGCCACUUGGAAAGAAAUCGGAAUUAGUCGUUCAUUAGAUAGCGAGUGAACUCGUCAGGGAGGCUAACGCUAGCUGAAUUAGCUUAGCCAGGCACCCAGUGUCCGUAAAGUGCUUGUUUUUAUGAACGGAUGUAAAAAUAUGAGUGGUCCCCUAAAUUAUAUAAGCUGGGGGUUAGUUGGUUAGCUUCCUGCUGGGUUAAUUCUUUUUAUUAUGGACUCUGAGUCCGUCAGAGGCCCAAAAGCUGAUCGCUUGACUUUUUGUUGGGUUUGGCCUGAUUAUCCUUUUAACCAUGGCUCGUGAGCUCACCUAAGUACCUACCACCUACCUAAGGGUGCAUCACCUUAAAGAUGGCUGGCUUGUGGGAAGCAUGCUUUUUUGUGUAGUGUAUGUGUGCGAGUGUAGAGCUUGUCUCCUGCGCUGACCUGGACAUUUAAAAAAGACACUGGGAUAGGAGGUUUAAGGGUUACAGUUUAUAUGGUUACAUGGAAGCAGCAUGGUUACUCGCCCCCAGUCAGAGAAGUGACAUGCAAACGUGAUUGGCCUGCUAACUCGGCCGUUAGCUUAGCUACGGCACUUAAAACCAGUAUUUGUCGUGUUUAACGAGCAGCCUGCCCAAUUCAUAACGUCAAAGCAAGCGAAAUCCGGGCUGGUUCGGAGAUAGGUGGGUUUAAAGCUUUCGGGGGAGGAGGAAGAUCCCCUAACCCGGUGCUGUCAGGCGGAGAAGCAGCACCGUGAGUUAGCGCAGUGUCAUCAGAUUGCUGCUGCUGCCUCUCUGUACUUCAAAAUGGCCAGUGAGAGAAAUCACAGCCUGCCGCCGCCGCACACACGCACGGUUUUCCUCCAUUCCACAUAACGCUGCUGCUGCGACACCGCUGCUAAAAGACAGGUCCGGGCUGCUUCCUGUGAUCAGGAGAGCGUCGUCAUAUAAAGACAGCAGGGCUGUGCCAUACGAGACUCUGAACAAACGCUUUAGAGCGGCUCAGAAGAACAUCGACAGAGAGACGAGUCACGUCACAAUGGUAGUUGCGGAGCUGGAGAAAACGCUCAGCAGCUUCCCCGUGGUUGACUCGGUGGUGUCCCUGCUGGAUGGAGUGGUGGAGAAACUCAGUGCCCUGAAGAGGAAGGCUGCAGAGUCCAUUCAAGCAGAAGACGAGAGUGCCAAGCUGUGUAAGCGUCGCAUCGAGCACUUAAAGGAGCACAGCAGCGACCAGCCAGCUUCAGUUAACCUGUGGAAGAAGAAACGGAUGGACCGCAUGAUGGUGGAGCAUCUGCUGCGCUGUGGCUACUACAACACAGCUGUGAAACUGGCCAGACAGAGCGGUAUAGAGGAUCUGGUGAACAUUGAGAUGUUCCUCACAGCUAAGGAGGUGGAGGAGUCUCUGGAGAGGCAGGAGACAGCCACUUGCCUGGCUUGGUGCCAUGACAACAAGUCCCGCCUCCGCAAGAUGAAGAGUUGUCUUGAGUUCAGUCUGAGAAUCCAGGAGUUCAUUGAGCUCAUCAGACAAAACAAGCGCAUGGAUGCAGUGCGACAUGCUAGAAAGCACUUCAGCCAAGCAGAAGGUGGACAGUUGGAUGAGGUUCGGCAGGUGAUGGGCAUGCUGGCCUUUCCAUCAGAUACGCACAUCUCUCCAUACAAGGAUCUGUUGGAUCCAGCCCGCUGGAAGAUGCUGAUCCAGCAGUUCCGAUAUGACAAUUACAGACUGCAUCAGCUGGGAAACAACUCUGUCUUCACCAUCACCCUGCAGGCUGGUCUGUCUGCCAUCAAGACACCUCAGUGCUACAAGGAGGAUGGCACCUCUAAAAACCCAGACUGCCCAGUGUGCAGUAAAUCUCUUAACAAGUUGGCUCAGCCUCUACCCAUGGCCCACUGCGCCAAUUCCAGACUAGUCUGUAAAAUCUCUGGAGAGGUCAUGAAUGAAAACAACCCUCCCAUGAUGCUGCCUAAUGGAUAUGUUUACGGCUACAAUUCUCUUCUGUCCAUUCGCCAAGAUGACAAAGUGGUGUGUCCCAGAACCAAAGAAGUCUUCAACUUCUCUCAGGCGGAGAAAGUGUACAUCAUGUGAUUGCUCGGAUGACGCUUCUGAGUAUCAACCACAUCAGAUACGGCCCGUCGCCCAUCACCUGUGACCCGGCCUGCUCAGAGCCACCUGUGGAGCUGUGAUCCAGUGCCCUUCUUCCUCCCACAGACAAAACCCACAUGUCCGCGGAGACUCCACCACCCCAACCCAUCCCAUCCAGUUCCUCUACAUGAUCAGCUCAAGUUAGCCCACCCAGACCCCGUGCCCCCCCCACCCCCUCCAUUUUAUCUGACAAACUGGGCUCCUCUCCUUUAAGACUCUGUUUUAGAUGUGGCUAGAAGUUGUUUAAUCUGAUCCAUUCAAGCACAUGGACUAUCAGCAUUGUCAUUAUCUUACAGGCCUUCACACUGAAGAUUAGAGAGUAGAGAAAAAGACUGAAGAGUGGAAAAACUGCUAGAUAGAUGUUUGAUUUUACUACAACAAAUAAAAUCCUGUUGAGGUUACUUUUGACUUUUUUCCUUUUACAAAUGUUGUUUGUUACUGAAAUAAUGUGGCAGAAGUGUGUUAAGUCGCUGCUUUAACCAUUAACACAAGAUUUGAGCCUUUUUUGUGAACAGACAUGGCUUCCUAGUCACAUCUCCUCCUGUGGUGCAUGCUGUCUGCAUCGUUUGUCUUAUAGCCAUGUUUAUGUUGGUUGUUAGGGAAUAUUUUUAAAUGCUUCCUUUAAACUACCUAACUGGAUUAAUUACAUUUAUCUCCCUCACGAUUGAAACUGGAGGAUGUUUUGGGCUACAAAAGGCUUCAGUUUUAAUGUAAAUAUUAGGUAGGACUUGAUCUUCAUUUAUAAAUUCAGGAGUUUUAGAGAAAUGUCAUUUUAAAAAAACUAAAUAUUUGCCAUCUGCACAGAUUGCUGUGUAAAUUUGAGUGUUUUCUCGGGUGUUUAAAACCCGAUGUAGCCUUCAAUAUCCUCAAGUCAAGCGGUUUUUGCCUAUAAUUUCUCAUAUCUGGAGAAGCUCGUAGUUUCACAGACAGUAAUAUAAAUUAAGCGGUACCUGCUCCGGUAAAGAAAUGUACUAAAUUUUCAGACAAGAAAAUCAUCUCUGAUGUUUUUAGCUUCCAAAUGAAAAACACAAAAAACAGUCUUCCCAUUUUUGGUGUGACAGGUUUGGUGUUGACACUUUAUUUCAGUUUGUUUGAAAUUUUGCCUUUAAAAAAAGACAUUCUGGGUGAUUUUUAGUCAACUGGACGUUGCCUACAGUCUGAAUUUCAUAACUAUUUUCCCAGUGAAGCCUCGAUAAUAAAGAGAAGGACAAUGGCGCUGCGUUACCAGUCUUGUACUCUAUGUUGAAGCUGCUUGCAGCACCAUUAUUACAGGCUUUAAGACCAUUUCAUUUAAUAUACAUUCACAUGCCUUUACUGAAGGUAAAGAUUUUGUCUUUCCUUACAAAGACAGGAGGAGGAGAGGAGUCACAUUCAACCUUUAUGGCUUUCAAACGUACUAUAGAAGGACUGGGAUAUAAAAUAAUAUGGAGAAGGACCUAAAGGUCACACUGAAAAUCAAGCCUGAACACCCAGAAUACUCAAAAAAUGCAGGUUAACAUAAUCACUUUUGUGGUCGGUCCUUUCUUCCAUCUGUUGUUUUAUCAGCAAACCACGAGUCACCUCGUUUGUGUCCAUCUAUAGUUUGGAGCUGUAUCUGUGCAGACACAGACUGUCCUGUGUGUUUGUGUUGGUAGAGUAGAAAUGGGGAUUGUUUCAUGAGCAAUAUGCCUCAUAAAGGUUUCAGUAAACUUUGAUUUUGGUG